UGGUGUCAGUGUGCCUCGCGCUACUCUGCAUUGCAUUAGUGCUGAAACUUCUACGCAUCUGUUAUCACUGUCAUUUCGCGCUCAAUCAAACACGCGUGUAUGAGACCAUGAAACCCACCGGAAUGAAUUCUCCGUCCCGCGCCGGCGCGUGAUAUAAACACACGUGUUACUGUAUUCGUCUUGCUGCAAGGUGACGCAGCGCCGCAGAUCAGGAGCAGUGACGACAGCUGCGGCACCGGAGAGAGAGCGAGCUGGACCCGGCGGGUAACGGUGCGCGUGUAGGACAACUGGACCGGGCGCUACUAUGUGUGACUAUUCACAAUGACAACGAGGAGAAAGUCAAGCAAGCUGCAGCUGCGGCGGUCCAUCAGCGAGCAGCUGCGGGACUCCACAUCCAAAGCCUGGGAUUUACUCUGGAGAAAUAUACGAGACAAACGACUGGCAGAAAUUGAAGCAAAGGAGGCAUGCGAUUGGCUGAGAGCGGCAGGAUUCCCGCAGUAUGCCCAACUGUACGAGGAUUCCCAGUUUCCCAUUGAAAUAUCCGCUGUCAAGAGGGACCAUGACUUUCUGGACAGAGAUCUUGUGGAGACUCUUUGCCGUCGACUCAACACUCUUAACAAGUGUGCCUCUAUGAAACUGGACGUGAGCCUUCCCAAAAAGAAAAGUGAGGACUCGGAUGAGGAGGACCUGUUGGCGAUCAGCACUAGAUGGACAUUUGAGAGAGACAGUCGCUGCUGGUCACGUCUGCAAGACAUCGAUUACCUCCUGGGUAAAGCAGAGGAUCGGAGUCCCUCGGAGAUCGGGGAAGGUUUGCGGACCACCGUGAGCAGCGAGAGCAUUCUGACGGAUCUGAGCGAGCCGGAGCUCUGCUCCCUUCACAGCGAAGACUCCUUGUCCGCCAUGCCCGAUUCUGCCUCGCUCUCCCAACUGCACUUACCCAAAAAUCUGCCUCAUUACGGAUCGCUACCUGUCAAGAGCAGGCGACGCGGACGCACGCGCGCCAAAGACUUCCUGCGGAGGAUGGAGACGCUAGGCCGGACGUGGGGACCAUCGAUGGGCCGGUCAGAGCGGCGGUCUUUGGUUAUCAGCGGCCCGGUUUUGCAAAGCGAGCCCGAAGCUCUUAAAACUCUACGUUGUGUUCAGAUCAACGGCGAGCCUUUAAACACUGAAAAUGUGCCACCUGCUAACCACUGCCCAAAUUCACUCACCAGCAGCGAGGCCAGCAGCCAAUCGGAGACCAGCGGCAGUGCCGGAAGCACGCCGAACACGAAAGGUCGAGGUUUGAAGCUUCACACCGCUGGUAAACGUAUAGGUGUCUACCUGGAGGAUGUCGAUGUUCUCGCAGGCGCCCCCCACAGGAGGAGACCGGUAGAACAGAGUCGUAAAAAUGACUUUCACUCCUAUGAGGAGUUAUUAGUUCACAUCCCAAAAGAUCACAAGCCGGGUACCUUCCCCAAAGCGCUGUCCAUUGAGAGUCUGGUACCUGCUAGUAAGGACCACCUUAAGAGUUGGAAGGUUCGGGAUUCAGAGCAGUCGAUGAAGAACAGGAAAAUAGGAGGAAGGGAUGUCCGACCCGUGACGCGCUACUGCCCGCGGGGAAGUCGGAUCAGCGUGUACGAUAAUGUACCUGGCUCGCACCUGUACGCGAGCACUGGGGAUUUACUGGACCUCGAGAAGGAGGAUAUAUUCCCGCACUUAGAUGACAUUUUGCAACAUGUGAACGGCCUGCAGCAGCUCGUAGACCACUGGUCUAAAAACGUCUUGCCGGAGACUGAAGGGGAGGAGGGCAACGAUGAGCAGGACCAGAGGAUUAAAGAUGGCCAGUCCUCAAGUCAAAUCACACUGGACUUUGAAGGGACCCCAGUAAUAGGCCUGACUGACGGUAACAGGGAUGGGGUCUCACUAAAUGACACGGACACUUCCAGCACCAGAGAGAGGAGAGACUCAGGGGUGGGAGCUUCUCUCACACGACCACGGCUUAGAUGGCCCAGCUUCAGAAUGUCAAACCUCAGCCAAUCAGGAAUCUCGUUACAGAUAUCUAGCCAAUCAGUAGGCCAGCUCAGUUUGCUGCAAAAGUUCUCCUUACUGCGUCUCACUGCUAUCAUGGAGAAAUACUCAAUGUCCAACAAGCAAGGCUGGACUUGGUCAGUUCCAAAGUUUAUGAAGAGGAUGAAGUGUCCGGAUUAUAAGGAUAAAAUGGUUUUUGGAGUUCCCCUGAUCGUCCAUGUGCAGCGAUAUGGACAUCCUCUUCCCAUCAGUCUACAGCUCGCUUUACGCUUUUUAAGAAGUCAGUGUUUGGACCAGGUCGGGCUUUUCCGUAAAUCCGGCGUGAAGUCUCGUAUUCAGGCUCUGCGACAGAUGUGCGAAAGCUCUCCAGAAAACGUCAACUACGAGGACCAGUCUGCGUACGACGUGGCCGACAUGGUCAAACAGUUUUUCAGAGACCUACCCGAACCUCUUCUCACGAACAAGAUGGGAGAAACCUUCCUUCAUAUAUAUCAAUAUGUACCCAAAGAACAGCGCUUACAGGCUGUGCGGGCCGCUAUCAUGCUGAUGGCCGAUGAAAACCGUGAGGUCCUGCAGACGCUUCUGUGUUUCCUAAAGGAUGUCACUUCUUCUGUUGAAGAGAACCAGAUGACCCCUAUGAACCUGGCAGUCUGCCUCGCUCCUUCUCUCUUCCACCUUAACAUCAUGAAGAAUGAUAACCUGUCACCAAGGUCUAUUCAGAGGAAGUAUGCCACAGGACGGCCCGACCAAAAGGACCUGAAUGAAAACCUAGCAGCCACUCAGGGGCUUUCCCACAUGAUUGCUGAAUGCAACAACCUUUUUGAAAUCCCGCAGGAGAUGGUGUCUCAGUCCAGGAACUCAUACAUGGAAGCUGAGCUGUUAGCGCCCUCUAUAGACGAGCUCUGCAAAAGGCAAGCGCAACAGGACGAGGAGGAGGAGGAAGAGGAGGAGAGCACCUAUCGCUCUUACCUGGAGAACCAGAUACAGAGUCUGCUUAAGGAGACCAGAGAUAAAAGCAAAGGCUGGGUGUCCAGAGCAAACAUUGACAAUACAGAGGUUUCAUUCAAAAAGGUGGGAGAUGGGACACCUUUGAGACGCUGGCGUGUAUCUGCAGAGGUGGAGGCUCCUCCAUCUGUGGUGCUAAACCGCAUCCUGCGUGAGCGUCACUUGUGGGACAGUAACCUGCUACAGUGGAAGGUCCUAGAAACGCUGGACAAACAGACUGAAGUUUAUCACUAUGUGCUCAGCACAAUGGCCCCUCAUCCCAGUAGAGAUUUUGUGGUGCUCAGGACGUGGAGGACAGAUUUGCCAAAAGGUGUAUGUGUGCUGGUGUCAGUAUCGAUCGACCAUGAGGACAGCCCACAGCUGGGUGGAGUCAGAGGGGUGGUUUUGGAAUCGCAGUAUCUGCUGGAGCCGUGUGGUUCUGGCAAGUCCAGACUCACACAUAUAUGCAGAGUUGAUCUAAAAGGCAAGUCUCCAGAGUGGUACAACAAAGCAUUCGGCCAUCUCUGUGCUACUGAGGCCAUUCACAUCCGCGACUCCUUUCAGACUGCUGAUCCCGAGGGCCCAGAAACCAAAAUCUGAGAAGGGCUACGUGAAAUUAGGCAUCAACGAAAUAGAUAUUGUUCAUCAUCAGGGCAUCAUGAACAUGAACUGGACCACCAGAAGCAAGAAGAGAUUUUAGAAAGAAAAAGAAAGUGAACGUUUAAGUGUGUCCACCCCCAAACUACAAACUGCCAUGUCUUUAUUGUUUGGUGUUCCUUUUGUAUAUCUUAGAUUCGGUAAUUUGAUUUAGUCUAUUACAUAGCAGACACUUUUAUCCAAAGCAACUUACAAAAAAGCAUUUAACAAGUUAAAAACUGAAACUUUUGACAUGUCUGCGUUUGUUAUGUUUUGGGAAGUGUGACGAAGGGAAAUAGAUGGACAGAGAAAGUGACAGACAGUCUCCACCAUAGCCAUAAAGCCAUGCCUGUGUCGUAAUGCUGCUUCCUGUUGUCCAGACUUUACAACAGGUCUGCUUUGAGUUAAACCGAACUAAAGCAAAGCUUACUGCAAAUAUAAACAGAUGUGAAUAACCUCAUGCUAAUCAAAACACAGCAGGUCUGAUUAAAUGUUAUUGAACUGAACAAAACCACUACAUCAUUAUGAAUUUAGGUACGUUAUUCACUAUUCUCUUUUAACAUUUAUUUAAGUGUUUUUCUCAAGUCAUUUGAAUGAAGCUAAAUAGAUUUUUAUCUAUGUACUGAUGUGAAGUAUAAUACAUCUGAAUAGCCCACAUUGUUGUUAUAGUUGUUGUUGUAAUAUUCUUUGAUUUUAUUGUCCCAAGUAAGCAAUAACGUAUUAUUAUAAAUGCAUCAGUAUUGUGCUCUUUUGCAGAAUGAAUAAUUUAAGCCUAAAAAUAAAGCAAACAAUGGCAAUGUUUGUUGCAAGCAUGCCAUUUUAAAUUAUUAUUAUUAUUAUUAUUAUAUGUUGCUGUGUCACUCUAUGAUGUCUAGGACAUUAUUUCAUUUCACUGCUUCUAAGAAGCACGUCAACUCACAGAGCUGUACAUUUGUCAUUUGUUUGUGUAUACAUGUGUAUAUAAUUCACUGUGUAUAUUUUGUACAUAAAUUAUGCUUAUAGCAGAUUUGUUUUCAUGCUCGUUUUUGUUCUUCAUCAUCAUAUUAAACUGGUGUCUGAAUGUUACUGCCAGCUGGUUAGAUACAGCGAGAUUCAUGGAACGCAGGUCGAUUUAUAAAUGUGGAAAAUAAACUCAGUAUAACUUG